AUGAUAUUGUUCUUGGAGAGAGAAAGAAAAAAAGAAAAGAAAUUUACAGAUGAGAAAAAAGAAGCAACUUCAGCAAAUGGAAUAAGAAAAAUUACAAAUGCGUGCUUUGAAUAUCACAUCAUGUUGGAUAUUCUUUAUUUUGAAUCUCCUCGACAACAAACGAAUGAUGUAACGAAAAAUGAGAUUCGAGAUGAAAGAAGACAGUCAGAACAUUACUGGGAAGUGAUAGCCAGAAGCGAAAGGGCUGUAAAGAAGAGAACAAGUGAGGGUCUAAUGAUGAAAAAAAAAUAUGAGAAGAGAUUCAGUAAAUCUGAUACGUUGAGCAGCGAAGUUGAAACCGAAAAGACGUUGCACGUUUUGAGUGUUGAAGGCACAAGGUUAAAGUGUAAAGUAACAAACAUAUUUCCACGUUUCUCACUUUUAUUAGCUCAAUGA